CAUCGGCAUAUGCGAGCAGGACGAACAAAUCAAAGGGAGAGAACAAAAGUGGUCCAGGCAGGCUCCCGACGUCACCCGACAUCGCAGGUCGAGGUCCUCACCUUCAACUUUCUCUUCACACUCUGAAGGCGCCUACCACAGAUUGCCCGCCGGAGAUGCGCGGGGCGAGCAGCGGGCGCCAAACGAUGAACGGAGUCACCAAGGGUUCUAACAGCAGCACCACCGACCUCGGUGGCACCGGAAGUACCAUGGGUGGUGGCACCGCAAGCAAGGCAUCGUCCCCUUCGACCUCCAGCAGCAAUGCAGGGGUGUCCAAAACGGUGAAGGCGGGGCUGCUCAUCGUCCUGUGCCUGCAGAACGCCGUGUACACGAUGCACCGGAGAUACAGCGUGGGCGUUCUCAAUGAAACGUGGUCCUCUAGCUCGGUGCUCAUGGCGGGAGAGGUGAUCAAACUUGUCUUCUCGACCGUGAUGACGCUGGCGGACUCUGGUAGCACCUCCGCUGAAGGUACCGGCGUCAGAAAGCUCGCUUGGUUGGUGCGGGCCUCGCCACCGAUGUGCAUACCCGCGGUGGUCUUCUUCGUGAUGAACCUGCUGAGCUACGUGUCGCUCAAGCGGGUCGACGCUAGCACCUUCACCGUUUGCGCUCAGAUGAAAAUCCUGACUACCGCCAUCUUCUCGGUCGUCCUAAUGGGCCGCAGCUUCCACGCUCGCAAGUGGCGAGCCCUUGUCCUUCUGGUGCUUGGCGUCACCCUAGUGUCGAACGGCUCUUACGUGUCGGCUGGAAAGGAGGAUACGAAGGGCGUCGGGUGGCAGUACGUGAUCGGCGUGGCGGCGGUUCUCGCGGAGGUUUCUCUGUCCGGAUUCGUAAGCGUGUUCUUCGAAAAGGUGCUCAAGAGCCGAGUCGUGAACCUGUCGGUAUGGGACCGCAACUUCCAGCUGGCGAUGUACUCGAUCGUGUUCUACCUCCCGAUGGCGCUGUGGGAGGAGGGGCCGCUGUUCCAGGGUUGGACCGUCAACGCCGGCAUCCUGUCUGUCCUCGGCAGCGCCGGCGGCAUCCUCGUGGCCCUCACCAUGAAGUACACGGAUGCCGUGCUCAAAACGUUCGCCACCUCGGGGGCGAUCAUCGUAACCGCCGUGGGGGGACACUUCACCCUGGGGUCUCCGCUAGACAUCCCGAUCGGAGUCGGGGCCGGCUGCACCGUGCUGUCGCUGCUUAACUACAGCGACGACGGAGCCCCGGUCGCCGCCCCCGAUACCGGCAGUGGUGGAGGGAGCAACGGGACUGUGGCGGCGAAGGGGUCGCGGGGGGGUGACGCGGAUGGUGAUGAUGAGGCCGGGCUGUCGCUCUUGACCCGGACGGGGGCCUCGAGUGAAUCCACUGCCUGAGGUGGGGGUGUUGGUGAAGAGUGCGGUGUAUGAUGACGGUUUGCCGGCAUUGUUUUGCGCGUGUGCGGUGUGGGUCAACCCUGUCGUUGUGGGAGCGCGAGGCCGCUCGCUCACCCCCCACGCCCGCCUCGAACUACAACACAACCGUCGUCGUUCUGUUUGGUUCGGCUUUGGUCGAGAGCAUCUACUGCACCUUGGUGUGUUGCGAUUCCAAGAUGUGUUGGGUGAAGCCACCGGAACGGCUCGCACCAAGUAUCACAGGGUGCGAUGAUUAGACCGCUCUGAUUUAGAGCUUGCGCUUCUUGUUCGCUCUUCCUGCAUGGCGAACAUGCCGAAGGCGGCGGCGGCCUCUACCAGAGCAGAUGACCGCAGGCGGUGGUUCGUUGUUGAGCCGCGACUCUCUGUCUCUGUCUCUGUCGCUGUCUCCCUCGUGUGGGGUUGUGUCGAUCGAGCGUAUCUAGCCUUCAUGUGUGGGAGUCUGUUCGUGCCACUAAUUGAAGGUCUCGCAAGCCGUUGAGGGCUUCUGGACGGGCCACUCAAUAUUAUCAUGGUCAAGAGCGUAGGGUACCCGCGGACUGGUUGUGCGUCUGCUCACCGAAAUGGGGCGAUACACAUGGCGCGCUUUUUAUGUCCACGCCUCUGUCUUACAGUCGUUUCGCUGGAGGGGAUAAUAGGGGUGGUGGUGAUGGGUGUGCGUUCGGGGGGCGAGCAACCCGUUGGCGUCUGUCUAUGUAUGUUUUUUCCUUGGUGGUGACCGUUGUUUUUGUAUUUCUUCCAGAUCAAUGUUUUUGUCAACUUUGUUUUUUUGUUUUGCUUAUUUGGUCUGGAGUACAUUCUUUUUUGUUUUGCAGAAGCUUUUGUCAAUUUGAUUUUUUGUUUUGCUUGUUUAGUCUGGAGUAUUCUUUUUUUUUUUGCAAAAGCUUUUGUCAAUUUGAUUUGUUGUUUGCUUAUUUAGUUUGGAGUAUUCUUUUUUGUUUUGCAAAAGGGGGCAGAGCAGGAACGAUUAACUCUACUUUACUUGUCCUGAUGCUACGGAAGGGGAGGCCUUAAAGUCAAUCUAUUCGUAGGUCGUUCGGUUUGUUGACGCGCCGUCGCCCUCGCAGAGCAAAGAUUCUUAUGACUUGUAUUCAAGUAUCGCCCCCCCGUUCGACCGUUGUUGUCAUCCAAUCGGCAAGAGAAUCGACUUUCCUUGGUUCGCUAGGGAACCAAACCAGCCAAAACAAGGCGCCGAUAAAACAAGAAGGGCAAGGUUCCCUGUCGUUAGUUACUACGUCAUAGUUCGAGCUGUGCUUCCGCGAGUUGUACAUUUUUUUUAACGGGCGGAGUGGGAGGGGAAGGGGUGUGUGCCAUCUGUCGCAUCCCCAAGGUAUGUAUGCGUGGCGUUUGGCGUGUCUACCACUGCGACACCAGAACCUCACGCAAGCCAAUUGGUGGUGCACAAGUGUGCACGUAUAAUAUACUCCAUACACAUUUUUUGUUCAUGCCAUGUGAUCUGCUUUUACACCCUGGUACCUUCGGGUAUCCUUUGGUCUGUACCAGCCGGGGUGGCGCGGACAAAAAAUAAUACAUGGUCCUACCGGGUCUGCUUGCGUUCGGUUGCGUUUUGGGUAGUAAACCGGUGACACCUCUUAAUGAUUUAAUCUUGUGGGUGCGAUUUUUGUUGGAUUGCGUCGGAUCAGGAACAAAGAUCAUCUCAGAGAGAGGAGGGAGAUCAGAUCGGCAAGUACAAUUGUCUCAAGAGAGUGUUAAAUGACGGGGUGGCGAGGAAUUCUGUAGUCGUCUUUUGGAUCAUACAAAGUUGUAGAGUGAGGUUGUUUUAGGAACGAACGGCGGUCACUUGCUGAGGGUUCCGCAAGAGAGAGCGAGAAAAGGUGCCCGCAGUGUUCUGGUUGGUCAAUUGUUUUGAAAGGAGAGUGUUUUUUCAAAUUGGCCAAGAACCCCUGGCCGACCGGUGGUCAGGGUGUUCCUUCGUUUUUUCGGGUUAUCCUGGACCAAACAACCUUGCUUUUCGCAACCAGGUUGCCUUCAAUAUCCGCUCUGUACUGCUUGCUGGUACCCACGUGUUCUCUCCCGCUGGUUCCCGUGCGGGGCGGUGGGACGGGGAGUAGUGAGGUGGCACAUCGACACAUCGCUCUACAAACUGACGUCCACCCUUUUUUUUCAACAGUAGGACCGGGGUGAAACCUGUUCGAUGGUCGUGCUUGGUUCUUGAGAUUUUCGGUUUGAGUAGUCGGACUCUGCUUCAAUUGGCUUCCUUCUUGCACGAAUCGAUCGGCCGUCCCAGCAGGGCCGUGGUUUUGGUUGCAGGAAGCGCAACAGCGACCUGACCUGCGUUGCUGUACAAGUAUCACAGAGGCGGCGCCGUGCGCCAGAUUUGUCUCUCGACAGGAACAGUCUGUGUCACAUCAGUGGGGCCUUUGUUUUUUGUUGGCAGUCCCGAGGGAUGCUGCUACUCGUACUAUAUGUAGAGUAUGUAGUGUUUUUGCUAUAGCGGUGUGAUGAGCACUAUAGUGUCUUUCUAUGGGAUAAACAUAGCAGUGGAGCUACUGCGGUACUCUGUACGCUUGUGCUUCUACUGCAUGCGCCCAAUGACGGCAUUGGUCCCUUGUGACUCGAGACCCUGGAUCCACUGCAGCGUAGGGCUGCCAUCACCAGGAAAGACUUGCGUGAUAAAGACGUCUGGAUUGUACGACCCCCCUGAAAAUGCCGACUUUCGGUAUUUGGGUUGUGUGUUUAAAGGGAGGCAAGAAAGGUAUGUAAGUCCACUUUUAGAAUGUAGUCUAGCCUACACAUGAUGGGUGCAUAUUUGUUUUAUGCUAAACUCUAUCGUCGGCGUGCCCACGAACGACGGCCUCCAGCCCUACAUAGCGGUGAGACGAUCAAGGUGCAUGCUCGACCGGCUGGACAACAACUCACGAAGUACUGCUGUAGUUGACCUCUAUCUACUAGACUAUUACUGUAGGCUUGUUCCCUUCCUCUUCCGACAGCGGCCCAACCGUGAUGAUGGCCAGUGCGGGACGCACCCUGGCCACUGCUGUAGGCAGGAGGUGGUGUCGAAGGCGAAUGUUCUUCCUUCGUUAACCCCUUCUCCCUUGGUUGGGUGAUCACAAGCGACAACAUGGGGCACCACUAAUCAUUCCAACUGAUGAAGUGGUAAUUGUCAAGGACCCGCCCUCAGGCAUCUUGAUUGGUUUUUCUUUGGAGCCAGGGUAUUUACCCAAUAAAAUACAUACCUUUCGAAAGCUACGGACCAGGGCCUUCGAAUGAACUUACUUUUAGCUUUCACAGACAUAUUGGUGACGAGUUAUUAUGUCCAAUAUACCGUUUCGCCGAAAAAGCGGCGGAACUAGUAAAUCUCGAUUUCCCGGGCCCCCACCACCUCUGCGAAAAAAAAAAAAUUGAGCCUGUCACCCGAGAGUUGUCCCUAUAUUGUCUAGGAAAUCGUAGACAUGCUGGUAGUUUUCUCUGACCCUAUGAUUCCAUUGUUAAUCUGUCUCUGACUCUUUUCUAUGAUAAGAGAUGGCACAUCAGCCGCAUAUACUCCGCACAUAUGCAUAUACCAAACUGAGAAUAUGUUUGUAAACUGAUGGAGAUUGCAUGUCCUACAACUAACAGGGUGCGACACACAAAACGCCCGACUACCCAACAGUACCCAACACUUUUCGUCUGCACCUUCGCAACAUAAUAUAUAUGAGACACACAAGACAGCUACCAAACUGAUUUGUCGAGCCUGUAACCCACAGGGGAGAUGUCCCUAUAUGCU